AUGGCGGUCAGACACAGGCGCCCCCAGCAGACGUGGUCAUGUGACUUCCUGUUUCAGAGCGAGGCGGCGGUGGUGGUGGAUGGGUGUGGCCAGCAGCUGCAGCGGCUCUCCCUAUUGGCCGAGGACAGGCGGCGUCUCCUGCUGCUGGAGGAGGAGCGUCAGCGCGUCGCCGCCCUGCGACGCAUGCAGAUCGAGUCCGAACAGUUUCGCUACUUCGAGGACCAGCUGCGGCGCCAGGAGCUGGCCAAUAGGAGAGGAGAGGAGGCGGGGCCAAAGGUGCAGACCAAAGUGCCUGAGGUGACAGAUGGCUCCUGUCUGUCCCAGCAGCCAAUCAGAGACGGCGUGCGCACUCAGGGGGUGGAUCCAAACAGGAACAGACCGCUCGCUGCCGUCAGCCAAUCAGCCACCUCGCUGGCGGCGGUGUGUCACCGGGUAGAGGGUCUGCGGCGUGUGGUGAUCCCCAGAGACCUGACAUAUCGCUUCCUGCUGCUCGCCGACUCCAACACCGCCAGAGGUAUCGAGACGUGCGGCGUCCUCUGUGGACGGCUGACGCACAACGAGUUCCUGCUGACACACGUGGUCGUCCCCAAACAGUCGGCCGGGCCGGACUUCUGCGACAUGGAGAACGUGGAGGAGCUGUUCAGCUUCCAGGACCAACAGAACCUGCUGACGCUCGGCUGGAUACACACUCAUCCCACUCAGACGGCCUUCCUCUCCAGCGUCGACCUCCACACUCACUGCUCCUAUCAGCUGAUGCUGCCGGAGGCCAUCGCCAUCGUCUGUGCGCCCAAACAUAAUGAUACGGGUGUGUUCAGGCUGAGCGGUCCGGGGAUGUCGGAGGUUUCUGGCUGCCGGCUGAAAGGUUUUCAUCCUCACUCCAAGGAUCCUCCUCUCUUCACU